CGCAGCGCGGGCGGCGGCGGCUGGAGCGGCCCCCCCGGGGAGCGGCCGGGUGUCCGGCCAGGCGCGCGGGGCCGCCGGGACUUGGAGCAAGUUGGGGAAAGUCCGCGGCGGGCGCUGACCUUCACGGGAGGCAAUUCCUUUGUGCCGCGGGAGGAGCUGUAACCUGUCCCACACGUGCACCAUGGCGUCGCGAAUCGGCCUGCGGAUGCAGCUAAUGCGGGAGCAAGCGCAGCAGGAGGAGCAGAGGGAGCGGAUGCAGCAGCAGGCAGUGAUGCAUUAUAUGCAGCAGCAGCAGCAGAUGCCGCUGGCCCCCACGCCUGCCAUCAACACUCCAGUCCAAUUCCAAUCCCCGCCAUCCGUGCCAGGAGAGGUCUUAAAGGUUCAGUCGUACCUGGAGAACCCCACCACAUAUCAUCUGCAGAAGUCACGGGACAAGAAGGUCCAGGAGUAUAUCUCUGAAACCUACGGGAACAAGUUUGCUGCUCAGAUCAGUCCUAUCCGGCAAUCUCCGAAGCCUCCCCCUGCCGCCUCGCCGGGCGUCAGGCCCGGCCAUGUCAUGCCCUCUUCAGCCGGCAACAGCGCCCCCAACAGUCCCAUGGCCUUGCUCAACAUCAGCUCCAACCCGGAGAGGGAGAUAGACGAGGUCAUUGAUGACAUCAUGCGUCUGGAUGACGUUUUGGGCUAUAUUAACCCGGAAAUGCACAUGCCCAACACCCUUCCAAUGUCCAGCAGUCACAUGAAUGUAUAUAGUGGUGACCCCCAGCUGAUGGCCCCCCUGGUGGGUGCCACCAGCAGUUCCUGCCCCGCCGACCUCACUCAGAAGAGAGACCUGACAGGUAACGCAUAUGCCGAGAGCCGUGCCUUGGCUAAAGAGCGUCAGAAGAAGGACAAUCACAACCUGAUUGAGAGAAGACGAAGGUUUAACAUCAAUGAUCGCAUCAAAGAACUCGGAAUGCUGAUCCCAAAAGCCAAUGAUCUGGAUGUUCGCUGGAACAAAGGGACGAUCCUGAAGGCCUCGGUUGAUUACAUCAGGAGGAUGCAGAAGGACCUGCAGAGGUCGCGGGAUCUGGAGAAUCACUCUCGGCGUCUGGAAAUGACGAAUAAGCAGUUACUGAUCCGUAUCCAGGAGUUGGAGAUGCAGGCACGCCUCCAUGGGCUGCCCGCCUCCUCGCCCUCCGGCGUGAACGUGGCAGAACUAGUUCAGCAGGUCGUGAAGCAAGAAGUGACCGGAGAGGACGGGUCGAUGGAGCCUCAGCAGCCCCAGCUACCUCCAGACCAGGAGACGCAGCAACAGCCACCCCUGGCGCUGCUGCCUCCGUCUUCCUACCAGCUGGACUUUACCCACGGCCUGAGCUUUGACGAUGGCUCCAGAGGGUUCCGCGACCAGCUGGACCCCAGCCACAAUGUCUCUUUCCCCUCUUUAUCCAAGAAGGAGCUGGACUUGAUGCUGAUGGAGGACACCAUGUUACCUCUGGCUGCUGACCCCUUGUUCUCCGCCAUGUCUCCCGAGGCCUCCAAGGCCAGCAGUCGCAGGAGCAGCUUCAGCAUGGAGGAUGCUGACAUGCUGUGACAAGGAGCCGCUCGGAGCCUGGGGAAAAGGACGAGGAGUGAGGCUUGUCUGUGAAGACACCACCCACACACACACCCAAGAGGACCCCAGUCCACACUUGAGCCUACAUAGAAAUACGUUUCUCUAUGCAAGUGUUGUCACAGUCACUGGGAAAGUCAGACCCUUGUUGCUACAACUCGAUCUGCAAACUUUCUUGCUUUGCCAUUAACUGAGCAGAGCUCCCUGGCUUCGAAUGACCCUAGAUUUACAGCCCAGCUGCCUUGCCUUUCAGCUAAACUUCCCACAAGCCGCACGCAAUGCAGGAGUGGAGGCUGGAAGCUGGCCCGUCAGGUAUGAGAAGGAGCCUUCGAGUCCUGGUGGAGGCUAACAGGGGGCUUGUCGCUCAGAGCGCCUUGCUGCAAAUGUGCAUCCAGCCAAGCUUUACCACUUGAACUCGCGUUCCCUCAAAGUCUUCCCAAGCCCUGGCACUAUCGUCCUGAAGACGUCGGCAGAGACGGCCUCGUACCGUGUUCCCGCAUUAGGCUUCCCCUUCUCUUUUUGUGCAGCUUUCCUGAGGGAGGGUGUGGUGUCCCUGGCCGUCACGGCAUAGGGGAGGCUCAUUGGGUAAGAAGGUGCAGGGGGGAGGAGGAGGGUAAUCUGAACAAAUUAUUUAGUGAUACCAGAGGGACACUUUCAAAGCCAGGAGCAGGAGUUGGAUGCAACAGUCUCAUUUAUUUGUCACCAGGGUUUGUAAAGGCAACGGCUUUGAGAGUGGACCUGUUGAGACCCACUCAACUUCCGUCCCAUUAGAGAUGGGUUCCUAACACUCGAAAGCGUUUAGGGGGUUGGGAUGCUGGUUUGGGCCCAUCUCUGCUUCCUCUCAGUCUGUUCAGAUGAAUCCCGAAACUUCCAAGUGACAUUCAGUCAAAACCAUCAGUGUGCGCCUGGUAUGGAACUAAACCCUUACUGAUGUGUCCAGAUACCAGCUUCUGGCUCUGCACCCACACUUAUUGGUGCCAGCCAUUUUGCACUAUAAAGCACUUGGGUGGCUUUUUCAAAUGCACUUAAGGGUGUAUUCACACUGCAGCUGGGAUAGGAUGACCAGAGAACAAGUGUGAAAAAUCGGAGUGGGGUGUAAUAGGCGCCUGAGACAAAGCCCCGAAUAUUGGGACGGUCCCUAUAAAAUCAAGACAUCUGGUCACCCUAGCUGGAGCAAGCCUCCCAGCCCAGGCAGACACGUGGUAGCGGGGCUCACGCGAACAGGCUAAGAACAGUAAUAUGCUGGUUGCGUUGCGAGCCAGGGGUUGAGGCGGGCUUGUACUCAGGCUGGCGUGCAUUGCUGUCUGUGCUGUGCCAUUUAUAUUGUGGUUUUUAGUGCGCUAGCUGGAGCAGAGCAAGCAUGUGUUCGCCUGCCCAAGCUGGGAGGCGCGCUCCCAUCUGCACCCGUAGCCGUGCCCUGAAUGACUUGCAACUACCGAGUACGUCUUUGGGCUGCAUCUGAACCUGAGACCUGGGGGCAUAUGUGUGUGGGAACCUCCCCUAUGAACCACACCUGGAAAAGGGGUUUGCAUGUGCCCCUGUGCACUGAAACCUCCAAGUUAGGACCCUCAUACCCAGCAUCCCCAGUGCCUGAACCUAGCAAAUCAAGCUCAUGGAAGGCACCCUAAAUAACUGGUUCAGUUAUUGUCAGGAUGAGCUUAGAUCUCGUCUUCCGUUAAAACACUCAGGGGGCCAAAUCCUGGCAGGCUUUGAGUGCCCUCUGCUCCCAGUGAAAUAAGUGAAAAACCUGGCUGAGUUGUUUUCUUUCUCAGUCUUUACUCAGGCAAGCCACCCAUUGGGGCCAGUGGGAGGUUUUGCCUGAGUUAAGGGGCCUCUGGGUUUGGCUCAGUGUGUUCAGUGUCAUCACGAACACGUGGAAGAUGGCCACAUGAGGUCAAGUGACCUGGAUCCAAAUGCUUUCUGCUGAAAUGUCCAUGGGAGGGAAUUUUUCUGCCCUUGAAGAGCACAAACCCAGCCAGCAGGGCCGGCUCCAGCUCUUUUGCUGCCCAAGUGGCGAAGUGGGGGGAAAAAAAAAAAAGAUAAAACCGUGAUUGGUGGCACUUUGGCAGCUCUACUGUGCCGCUUCGUUCUUCAGAGGCAAUUUGGCGGCAGGUCCUUCGCUCCAAGAGGGACUAAGGGACCUGCUGCUGAAUAGCCGUUGAAGACCUGGACGUGCCGCCCCUUUCCAUUGGCUGCCCCAAGCACCUGCUUUCUGCGCUGGUGCCUGGAGCCGGCCCUGCCAGCCAGGGGUAGAAGCUGGGGGAAGUUACAUGGGGUGGAGGGGAAGGAUGGAGGGGGAAUCUGAGUUCAUUGCUCAGUGAACUUGGCUCUGAAGAGGAGGAGAACAAGGUCUCUGUUCUACUGGGUUCUCGGGCAGCACUGAGGAACUCAGUGAUAUGGGGAAACUGGAGUUCUAAAUCUCUCAGGUGGGUGCUCCUCCAACCCAUGCUGCCCUUUCUUGAGGUUGAUCCCAGAACCAAUAUCCCUUUGACGAGGAAACAAGUCCCUCUUCGACUUCCUGUGUCUUCAUGUUCAGGUUCGUCUCUCUCUCACUGGGCGUGGCAUCCUAGAAACCAUGGAAAUUAGCCUUGCUGAGGUCAAAAGCAAAUAUUAAGGAGUUAUCCUACUCUGGGAAAGGUCUCUUCUGUGUCCUCAUCGUGGCUCUCUGUCUUCCCCCUCGCCCCCAGUUGCUUCCAUGUUUCUGGCAACACAAGCUAUGUUCUCGCUGAUUGGAAGAGGAUAUUUCCAUCCCUGACCAAAACAAGGUUUGGUCCAUUAAGAGAAUGGAAUCGAGGACUCCUUCAACAUGACCAGCACUGGCUCCUGACCUCAUUCAUGUUGUCAUAAUUCUGAGCUGGGGCUCUUCAGACAGAAGGCAAAUCGGUCUUUAUACCAUGUCUUCUGGAUCCUUAAUGUAAACCUGUAUCUGGGCCCCCACAUAGAGACUGGGUAACAGGGCAGCCACCCUGGUGUGAAGCAGCAGGAGGAGGAUUGUACAUUGGUAACGAUUGCCAAAAUCUUAGCCAGGGCUCUUUGGCUUCUAAGAGUCAAUCCCCUCUCCCUCCGGCUAUCCUCAGAUAGUUUUUGGCCUAAAGAGCCAAACCACUGAAGAGUUUCUUUGCACAGCUUUGUAGCUCAAUUGCUUUCUGCUUUCUCAGUGCUGUUGAUGUCGGCACAGCCACAAGGGGAAUUGGGGUGGGGAACAGUGGUGGGGGCAUCACUUUUAUUUAAAAGAAAAGACAACAGUAUUCUACAGUAAGAGCCUAAGGGGUAUAUGGGGAAGAUGGGGCAAUCUUUAGUAAUGAUUAGGGUUGUCAAGCGAUUUAAAAAAAAUGAAUCGCAAUUAAUCAUGCAAUUAAAAUAGAAUACCGUUUCUUUAAAUAUUUGUGGAUGUUUUCCACAUUUUCAAACAUAUUGAUUUG